AUGUCUUAAAAAUCAAAAACAUUAUUGCAAUUACUUCAACAAUAAUAACAUUUCCAUGAUGAUAUUAACACAUCCUUAGAGUCUAAUUAUAGACAUAGUUCAGAACAUACAGAAAAGAAGUUUGAUCUUAAAUUACAAAAAUCAAUACUUGAUCUCUAUUCACAAAUUAAAAGUAAUAUCCUUAAAACAGAAGAUCAUGUACUAAAUUUAAUCCUAAAUAGUUGUUACUCUGUUAAAUUAGAAAAUUAGUUCCUUUAGAUAAACCAGAAGAUCUUUAUACAGAUCCAAAUAGUUUAAUUUGUUAUAUUGGAUGUAUGUUCACAGUUCUAAUGCAGGAUAAAGUAUAUUUUAAAUCUUAAUAGUUAAAUUUAGAAUAAUAAGUGGAAGAACAAAAAACUAGAGAUUAAAGUGAUUAUGAAGAGUAAUUAAUUAAAUUAGAAGCGGAGAUUAGAUAACAUAUAAGAGUAUCAUUAUAAAUUUAACUAGAUUGAAUAAUAAUUGAAAUUAUUUGCAGAAAAUACUCAAUCUAAAUUAGAAGAUGCUUUAAAAAUUAAAGAAGAAUUAGAGGAAGAAUUAUAAGCUAUUAAAAGCGAUUUCCAAAUAUUAUAUGAUAAAAACAAUUCUUUGAAUUAAAAGUUAAGAAAUUAAGAGAAAGAAAUUUAAAUUAUUAAAAAUAAUACAACUGAGAUUAACAAUUAAUCUCUUAAAUCAAACAAUCAAAAAGUUUAAUCUAAAAAGGAUAAUAUUGAAAAUGAACCCCCAAAAUAAUAAUCAAUAACAAUUAAUUUAUAAAUAGAUAAAUAAAAGCCUCCACUUUAAGACUAUGUAUAUUAUAUAAUUCAAUUAGCAGUAAGAUAGAUUAUAAACUGAUCCAUAAGAUGAUUAUUUUAAACCUAGAAAUGAUUCUCAAAAAAGAAUGAUGAUUUCAACACAUAUUAAUAAUACUUAAAAUAACAAAUCAAGUUAUUUAGCAACUAGAAUAUAAACAGAAUCAUAUGAAUAUUAAGAAAGAAAAAGAAAACAUAAUUCAUCUCAUUAUGAGACAUCAAAUGCUACAAAACAUUAAAGAAAUAAAACAGCUUAAAAUGUAUUGAAUUUGAUAAGUACCAAUUAUUCUAAUUAUAGAAGAUUAAGAACUCAAGCGAUAAUAAUCAGUGAAAGCAUGUUAAGAAAAAAAUCAAAAUAAUUAAAAUAAAGUAACAAAAAAGCCCUCAACUUCUUAACAUGCAGAACCUAAUAGAUCAAAUAAUUCUGUUCAUAGUUUUCGUAAAUAACCACCUGAAGUGAGUCAAAUUCCUAGACCUUUUUCAUGUGCUGAAUAAAUUGAAGAAUCACAUCAUUCUGUAAAUUUUUAUGUCAAAUAUUUUAGUUUCACAAAGAUUUAAGUAUGGACAUGGGCAAUUAUUAAAAAUAAAAUGGAGAUUACUAAGAAAAUUAAUAAUAAAUAAAAAAAAUAUUGCAAUAAUAUCAAUAAAAACAUUCUCUAAAUGACACUUUAACUAAAAAAUUACUUUAAGAAUAUAAAAAAAGAUAAGGUUUUAAUUGUAAGACAAUUUAUUGA